UUAAGAAAAACACUUUUGUCAAUUUGACCUGAGUAAUACUAAUUGAAAAUAAAUAUUGGAAAUGGAAAUAAAUAUUUUGUUUUUCAUCUUUAUUCAGGACCUUUUAGAAAGAGAAACUAAAAACCAAGAAAAAUAUGAGAAGGAAAAAGGAAGAUUGGUGAAAUUUACAGAGGAAAAGAACAAUGAGAUCUUAAACUACAAUAAUCAGCUUGCACAUUUACAGACACAGCUGGAGAAGGCUCAGAGCGUGGCCGUCAAAUGGGAAUCACAGUGGACUCACAUACAGAACACAGCGGCCAAGAAAACUCUCCUUUUAGGAAGAAUAAAAAUGUAAGUAAAAAUGUCAACAUUUUAAGGAUUAUUUUUGAAUGUUACUUCAGUCAG